AUGGACUACUUCACCGCGAGCCCGAAGCCGGCGAACCUGGAUAGACAAGUGACUCUCGCACGUGCCUUCAUACAGCAGCAUGCCGAGCAGCACCGAAGAGUCGCUCUCGUCACAUCAGGAGGCACGACGGUACCAUUGGAGAACCAAACCGUCAGAUUCAUCGACAACUUUUCCGCCGGCACCCGAGGCGCAACAAGCGCCGAGUACUUCCUCCAGUCUGGCUAUGCAGUCAUCUUCCUUCACCGGCAGUUCUCAUUGCUACCUUACUCGAGGCAUUACUCCCAUAGUACAAACUGCUUUCUGGACUUCAUGACGCAUAACGACGCCGGCGCUGUGGUGAUCGAGAGCGAGUAUCAGCAGCAGAUGGCGAAAGUGCUCGAUCAGUAUCGGAAGGCCAAACGGGAGAACACUCUGCUGCUUCUGCCCUUUGUGACGGUGAAUGACUACCUCUGGCUCCUGCGGGAGCUGGCUAUACAAAUGCAGCCGCUGGAAGCGAACGGGUUGUUCUAUCUUGCCGCUGCUGUCUCCGACUUCUUCGUGCCUGCCGCACGAAUGGUUGAGCACAAGAUUCAGUCUUCGGAAGACUAUCACCAGGAUGUAACCAAUGGCGAUGGUGACCGACCGCCAGCAGCUCAUAUGGAGGACAAACGACUCAUCAUCGAUUUGGAUCCGGUGCCGAAGUUUUUGAAGCAGCUUGUCGAUACCUGGGCGCCCCGGAGCAUGAUUAUAUCCUUCAAGCUCGAGACGGAUCCUUCCCUGCUUGCAAAGAAAGCGAAAGGCGCACUUCAAAAGUACUCGCAUCAUCUCGUUAUAGGCAACCUGCUCAACACGCGCAAAUGGGAAGUACUGUUUGUCGCAGCCGAUGGCAGUGAGCGGUGGAUCAGGGUGCCGCUAGGACGUCGCACGAGAAGCGUCACUGGCAAAGAUGGCGAUACGAUCGAAAAUGCAGAGCCAAGGGAGCCUUCGAUCGAGAUAGAGUCCUGGAUCGUGCCGGAAGUGGCGCAAAUGCACACUGAGGUGAUCUCAAAGGGUAAGGUUGAGAUGCAAAGACAUUAA